AUGAACUUGAGUAAAUGUGGGAAAAGAAAGAGAACGGAGGAAUUAGGAUUAGAAACUUGGGAAAAAAAAGAAACGUUAAAUAAAGAUGAUUCUCAAUAUGAAUGUAAUAAUUCAGGAAUUCUAUUAAUUCCCACACAAAUUGACGAAUUUAAACAACUAAAAAAUUCGUCAGAGUUAUUUAUUCAUUCUGAAGGUCUUCACGAUUUUACAGUAAACAGAGGUAUUACUGAGAACAAGCAUGAAAUUUGUAUUUUUGAUGAAACAUUGUCAAAAAAUUUGCUUGAAGAAGAGAUUUUGCAUAAUUCAACACCAAUUCCUACAAUUGUUGGGUGCGACAACAUCUGUAAUUUUGUAAACAAAACUCAAAAAUCUCCAACUAUAAGAACAUCUUCAAGUAUUACAUUCUUAAGUAAAAAUAUCGGAAUAAAGAAACGAAAGUUGAUAGUACCUCCAAUCAUUUAUGGAAGAAGGUCGAGAAGUGAUAAUAAAAACAAAUCAAUAAAACAUGAUAAAAUCACUUCUAAGCCAAAAAGAAUGAUGAAAUUAAAAGGCAAUAAUUAUGUUAAAGAAUACUUUGUAUAUAGAGAUGAGGAUUACGGAAUAAUCGACAAUGCUGAUCAGUUAUUGCUUGAAGGAGAGAAUGUUCAUAGGCAAGAUGAUGAUAGACAGACGACUAGUGAAGUACAAGACUGGGCAAUUGGGCUUGUAAAAAGAUACUUAGGCGAAACAGUAAAGUUAAUCCGCCAAGAAGUAAGUUAA